AUGUGGGGUGCAGGGGACAGAACAAUGGACUCUCACGUGACGUGCGCGUGGCCAGGGGAGGGGACGCAGGGGACACUGGUAAUGCAAUAUUUGUUCGGCGACACACGGGUGACACGCGCGCCGCGCUAUUGUGUGCACCUAGCCGCAGAGGAAAACGGGGCUUCUGCUUUCUUCGGCGCUGCGGAAUUGAAACCUGAGUCUUCCAGUGUCCAGCUGCUUCACCUACGAAAC